GGCCUUCGCGGGCUGGUGGCUGGUCCGGUUGCGGGGCGCAGGCUGAGGGGAUCCGGGAGUGCGCGGCGGUCAUGACGGAGGGCACGUGUCUGCGCCGAAGAGGCGGACCCUAUAAGACAGAGCCCGCCACCGACCUCAGCCGCUGGCGACUCAGCAAUGAGAGGGGGAGGCAGACGUGGACAUACUUCCAAGAAGGAGACCCUGGCCGAGGGCAGUCUGGCCUGGAAGCUCACUUACUGGGCCUGGACACCAGGAGUUACUUUAAGGACUUGCCGAAAGCCCACACAGCCCGUGAGGGGGCUCUCAACGGGAUGACGUUCUACGCUGCACUGCAGGCUGAGGACGGGCACUGGGCGGGUGAUUACGGUGGCCCGCUCUUCCUCCUGCCAGGCCUCCUGAUCACGUGCUACGUGGCGCACAUUCCUCUGCCGGCUGGAUACAGAGAAGAGAUUACACGGUAUCUGCGGUCUGUGCAGCUUCCUGAUGGCGGCUGGGGCCUGCACAUUGAGGAUAAGUCCACGGUGUUUGGGACUGCGCUCAACUAUGUGUCUUUGAGAAUUCUGGGCGUGGGGCCUGACGAUCCUGACCUGGUGCGAGCCCGGAAUAGUCUUCACAAGAAAGGUGGUGCUGUGUUCAUCCCCUCCUGGGGGAAGUUCUGGUUGGCUGUCCUGAACGUGUACAGCUGGGAAGGCCUCAACACUCUGUUCCCAGAAAUGUGGCUGUUUCCUGACUGGAUGCCCGCGCAUCCUUCCACCAUCUGGUGCCACUGCCGGCAGGUGUACCUGCCCAUGGCCUACUGCUACGGCACCCGGCUGAGCGCCGAGGAGGACCCGCUGGUCCAGAGCCUCCGCCAGGAGCUCUACGUGGAGGACUACGGCCGCAUCGACUGGCCGGCGCACAGGAACAGCGUGGCCCCCGGCGAGCUGUACACGCCGCACAGCUGGCUGCUCCACGUGCUGUACGCGAUCCUCAACCUGUACGAGCGCCACCACAGCACCAGCCUGCGGCAGCGGGCCAUCCAGAAGCUGUACGAGCACAUUGCGGCCGACGACCGCUUCACCAAGUACCUCAGCAUCGGCCCG